CCUCAUACACUGAAGGAGAAAGGCAGCGGGAGGCGGCCGCCGAGAUUCCCCCAUCUCUUUGAAUAUAAUUUUAGAUUGAGAUUCAGAUUAAAUCCGAGGGGAAAACACUUUAUGAGGCUGAAAGCUGUGUCGUUGCCAGAGCCAGGGUUAUGAGCUAUCAAAUGCAAUUACAUUAAGACAGAUUAUACUGGGCAAAUUGAGCCAUUUAGAAGGCGUGCCGAUGCUCUCCGUCCAGCCCAAAGGGAAGCAGAAGGGCUGUGCAGGCUGUAACCGCAAGAUCAAGGACCGCUACCUGCUGAAGGCGCUGGACAAGUACUGGCACGAGGACUGCCUCAAGUGCGCCUGCUGUGACUGCCGCCUGGGCGAGGUGGGCUCCACCCUCUACACCAAGGCCAACCUCAUCCUGUGCCGGCGUGACUACCUGAGGCUCUUUGGCACCACUGGAAACUGUGCUGCCUGCAGCAAGCUGAUCCCAGCCUUCGAGAUGGUGAUGCGGGCCCGGGACAAUGUGUAUCACCUCGACUGCUUUGCCUGCCAGCUCUGCAACCAGAGAUUUUGCGUGGGAGACAAAUUCUUCCUGAAGAACAACAUGAUCUUGUGUCAGAUGGACUAUGAGGAGGGGCAGCUCAAUGGCACCUUUGAAACCCAGGUUCAGUAACGCCCGGUGCCCGGCCACCAGGCCCAUCCGUCCUUCUGCCCGCCUGCCCACUCUCCUGGCAGGCCAGCCAGCCACUCUGCCGCCACGGGCUGGCCAGCUGCUGUCCUGCCGAAUCAGAACUUCUCCAUCCUGGAUGGGAGGGCGGCCCCUCCUCUACUGCUGCCGCCCCUCUGUGUGUGACCCCUCCUGGGGCCGGGCUGGGCCUGUACAGUCUGUCUUCUGUAUAUAAAUGGGAACAUUUAUUUUAUGAGAAAUGUAAUGCGAUUUUAUUACUGGCGUGGAUUAAACUUAUGAAUGUUU